AGGGCGCUGCUCUUUCACAUCAUACUGAAGUCGUUUCCUCUGUAGGUGAGAGGAGACAGCAGCAAGUCAAGAUGACAACACUGCGACCAUUUACCUGCGAUGAUUUGUUUAAGUUUAACAACAUCAACCUGGACCCACUGACAGAGACUUAUGGGAUCCCGUUUUACCUGCAGUACCUGGCUCACUGGCCGGAGUAUUUCAUCGUUGCCGAGGCUCCUGGAGGUGAACUGAUGGGCUACAUCAUGGGGAAGGCGGAGGGAUCUGUGGCACGGGAGGAGUGGCACGGUCACGUCACCGCUCUUUCUGUCGCCCCGGAGUUCAGACGACUCGGACUCGCUGCCAAACUGAUGGAGAUGCUGGAGGAGAUCUCAGAGAGGAAGGGCGGGUUCUUUGUGGAUCUCUUCGUGCGAGUCUCAAACCAGGUGGCGGUGAACAUGUACAAACGUUUGGGCUACAGCGUCUACAGGACGGUCAUCGAGUAUUACUCGGCAAGCAACGGGGAGCCUGAUGAAGACGCUUAUGAUAUGAGGAAAGCUUUGUCCAGAGACACGGAGAAGAAGUCGAUUGUACCGCUGCCUCAUCCUGUCAGGCCUGAGGACAUCGAAUAACAGUAGACGGUGGCUCUCUGCAUCCUGAUAAUCACAUGUGAAUCCUGUAAUUCCUGCUCCUGUACAUAUUUAAUGACCUCUACUCUUUGUGAAUUAGUUAGAGAGCCACUGAUUGUGCACACUUUAAUUUCCUAAACCUUUAAAACCCUUUCAGUUUUAUUUAGAUUUAAAGAGAACAUUUGCAGUAGAAACAAGACAACAUUCAGCUUUUAAUUGAUGUUUGUACGAUGUCACAGCCAAAGAAACAUGGUCCUACAAUAAAGACUCUCCAUGGA